AAACGGGAAAUUUUCUCUCUGGAGAAAAAUUCUGCUUGUAUUGCUUUAUAUGAGCAGCAGCAGGGCUUGUCAGAUGAAGCCAUCCGAGCAGAGGUGGACACUUUUAUGUUUGAGGGACACGACACUACUGCCAGUGGCAUCUCCUGGAUCUUCUACAGCAUGGCCUGCAAUCCUGAGCACCAGCAGAAGUGCAGAGAGGAGAUUCAGCAAGUGCUAAUGGGAAAGGAUACUGUCGAGUGGGAGGACCUCAGUAAAAUACCAUACACCACAAUGUGCAUUAAGGAAUCUCUGCGCAUGUAUCCUCCUGUUCCGGGAAUGGGACGAAAGUUAUCCCAGCCAAUUAUUUUUGAUGGAAGAACAGUUCCUGCAGGCCAGCUUAUUGGAAUAAGUAUUUAUGGGAUUCAUCACAACCCUACAGUUUGGGAGAAUCCAAAGGUCUUUGAUCCACUAAGAUUUCUGCCAGAAAACACUGCUAAGAGAUCACCCCAUGCCUUUGUGCCUUUCUCAGCUGGACCAAGAAACUGCAUUGGCCAGAACUUUGCAAUGAAUGAGAUGAAAGUGGCCGUGGCUCUGAUGCUGAGGAAGUAUGUUCUCAUCAAAGAUCCAGACCAUACUCCAAAGAUGAUCCCACGACUAGUGCUCAGAUCUCUCAAUGGUAUACACCUCAAGAUCAAAUUAGUUGAAAAUUGAGAAGAUAUACAAGUCUUAAUUGAUAUUUGUGAAUUUAACUUUAUAACUGAAUCUUUAUAUUCUUAAUACUAUGUUUAUAGACAACCAAAAUCUGUAAGUAUUCUGGAAAUCUGGCAAUAUUCAAGACCUACUAAUCGC